AGGUAUCAAGAAAAACAAGUCUGUGUAGGAUGUGUACACCUCACCCUGUGCAAGAAUGAGGAGGAGUGACAAUAGAAAACCCACUGAAUACAGAAGAGCAGCAGCAGUACAGUAUGACAGCCUGGACUUCAUGGAUGCUCCUGGUGUGUACAGCCCUCAGUGGGCAAGGGUCAAAGGCUCAGGAUUGUGGAGUGGCACCUCUGAACACCAGGAUAGUGGGUGGUCAGAAUGCCACAGCUGGGUCGUGGCCCUGGCAGGUCAGCAUCCACUUUAAUACUGCGGGAUUUCACAUCUGUGGAGGGACACUCAUCAAUGACCAGUGGGUACUGACAGCAGCCCACUGCAUCCUAACAACCUCACCAAGUGCAUGGACCCUCUACCUCGGAAGAGAGACUCAGUCUGGCCCUAAUAUUCAUGAGGUAAGGAGCAGCGUGUCCCAGGUCAUCGUCCAUCCUAACUACAACAACAGCUUGUUUAACAACGACAUUGCCCUAAUGAAGCUCAGCAGCCCUGUCACUUUCACUAACUAUAUCAGACCCAUUUGCUUGGCAAGUUACUCCAGCCAGUUCCACAACUCCACUUCCUGCUGGUCCACCGGCUGGGGCAGAGUUCAAAAGGAUGUUUCCUUGCCAGUCUUUUACCCACUUCAGGAGGUCCAGAUUCCUGUCAUUGGAAAUAGGGAGUGCAGUUGCAACUACAUAAACAUAACCGCUUCAAACAUCACUGACAAAAUGAUCUGCGCAGGACAAGAGAACAGAGGAGCAUGCCAGGGUGAUUCUGGAGGACCUCUGCAAUGCAAACAAGGCUCAGUGUGGAUCCAGGCUGGCAUUACUAGUUAUGGAGUACCUUGUGCCCUGGCUGGUUUCCCUGAGGUCUAUGCCCGAGUGUCUCAAUUUCAAAGCUGGAUCACAAAUCAAGUGGCAGGGGCGACAGUUGGCUUUGUGACAUUCAGCUCCAGUGGCACCGACCAAGACAGCAGCUUUGUGUGCAAACAGGCUUCAUCCGCCAUUGCAAAUGAGCUUACGUUUGCCGUCAUCUCAGUGACAGUGCUCCUGCAGCUCGUCGCAGCUCUGUAGCUCAGUUUGGACAACUCUUUCUUCUGUUGUCUUAUGUUUGUCAAGAGUCAGGUUACACUUGUGAUUUAUGACUUACAAUGUCAUGGAAACUGUGAAUGAGUUUCUAUGAUAUAGUGUAGAAGGAAAUCUCUUUUUCUUUUUUUCUUCCUGUAUCUCGGUGUUUGUUUCAUAUGAGGUUUAUGGUGGUAUUUAAAGCACGAUAGACAUGUUUUUGCACUGCACUUAACUUCCUGUUGGCCUAUUCUGAUAAAACACAAACUUCAUUUAAAAUAUGCUUAGUCUCUGAAAUACCAGUCACAAAUAAUAAUGGCUUGUUUUGUCCAGUGGGUUGAAAUAAAAGAUUAUUUGAAUUUGA